CGUGAGCCGUUUCUCUCGUUUCUGCCAAAGUGAAUGUUUCGAUUGGAAAAGAAAAACUCCGCGAGAGUAAACGGGGAAUGAAAAUUUCAGCCCGUGUACGCUGGAAACUGUGCAAUAAAUGGUGAAAAAUCACCGUUCCACAUGCAAACGUGCGUGCAUUCGCUUCGAUAGAGCGCUUCGUGUGUCUGUGACAAUUGAACGAAGCAUUCGGCAAACGGCGGUACCGUGCAGCGAUUGUCUACGACCGUGAAAAGGGGCUCGAAAUCCGAAGCACUGCGACGCAAGGAAAAGUAACAUCACACAACAGCAGAACGGCGGAAGCUCGAGGAAGCUGGUGGCGUUCAGGGUUGUUUUGAAAUGCAACAACAGCAUUGCAAGCGACACUUACCAGCGUUAUCCAACACACAGUAGUUAUCAGCAACAACACCAUGCACACAGCAAAGCGAUGGAGAUAUUUCACACAUGAAAACUCUGCGCCUUUCGAACUGCACCUGGAAGGAUACGAAAACAACCAAAUCCCACUCGCUCUCACGGAGGAGGUCUUCUGUAGAUCUUAAAUAUGGUUGGCGUGGCAGUCCGAGGUUAAGGCAGCACACUAAUGUCGUAUGCGAUGAGAACGGUGCAUUUAUCAAAAAUGAGUUUUUUCAGCUCUGGAGUCGGGUAGACGGGCGAAAAAGAUGCAUGACCAGCCUAUAAGCACAGUGCCGUUCUUAUUUCUUAUAUUGUGCGUUACGAUACGAUGAUCAUCAUUUAAUAUCCACAAACUGUGCACACCAGGAUUCCCUGCUGUAUGGGAAUUAAGAAAACUAUCGCGCGAAGGGGUAACCGAUUUAGAGAUCAAAACCGUUGCGAACCACGAACGCUUAUAGACCAGCUCAACUAAAUAACAGAGUAACAGUUAAAACAUCCUCAAUGGCACCGAACUACUGACAUGUCCGCUCGGCGGUAAUACAUGUGACGAAAUACGUUCAUUACUUUUGGGUAAUCUAAAACAAAGUGUUUGUGUUAGUUUUGGGCGGAUUCCUGCAGGCCUGCAGUAAGCGUAGGAAUAACUUAUUUUUUAUCUCUGCAUCUGCGGACCUUAGUGAAAAUUACCUCGCGAAUACGUAAAUGGUUGCUGAUGUGAUUCCGUGAACUAUAUACAGUAGCAAACUAUUGAUCGUACGAUCACAACAGUAGCAGGAUAACGGCUAGUGGCUGUACGGACAAAACAUUGCACAAAGACUCGAUUAACUGAGAGCAAUACAUGAACUGCAAUACACACUAUUCAUGCGAAUGGUUUAUCUACAUAGGUCGUGUUUUCGUCAUACAACUAAUAUUGAGCAACUGUUUUGUGUGUGUGUGUACAUGAAGCCACCGAGAAACGUGAACACAGCAGCCUGUGCUAAAACGAUGCGUUCCUUCCGAGAAAGCGAGAGAGAAAGGAGAACAAUGUGCAUAAACAUAAACAGAAAAGCGGCAACCGAGUCAAACAAUCAUACACCUGUGUCGGUGUAAACGCUAAAACCUGUAGUGUAUCUAACCUGAAGGAAGAUAAUCGAAGUUGUCGAGAACGGCAAAGGAUAACAGUUGCGAUAUCCACUUAGGCCGUUUGCAAAAUUAGCGAACGCUCUAAAAAAAACAAAACAGAGGACAUAUCGUGCAAAAAAAAAGCGAAACAUUGAACAAUACAGAUAUAGCGAUCAUACUAAAAGUUUACUUCAAGACACUUUCAACGCAACGCUUCACAACACUCGGUCCCGCACACGGGUUCCCUGUCACAAUCACUGCAAGCUUUCCAUCGCUUUGGACUAACCGCAGCUGUUGGACAGUGGAUGCGUGUGGUGUGUGUCCGCGGACCUAGUGGUACCUAAGUGAGUGUGUGCCGUGCGGUUUCGUAUAUAUUCCGUUUCGUCCUUUGCUUGGGUCCUUUUGACCUUACUAUAUGUGCGAGUGGCGCAGUGCAAGUGGUCGCGGUGGUGAUGGUCAUGUUGACGUUAGUGCACCCAUACGAUACCAUUGUUUGCACUUGUAUGUAAGCGCAACGGGACACCGCAAAACCGAUCGCGCAAGUUUGCGCUAAUCGUGGGCAAAACACUGGCAAAUCAACUUCCCCCACCCCCAGGCGAAAAAUGUCUCAAAAGAGUCAGAAGCGCACCAACCGGGGCGAGAACGAUGGGCCGCCACCGAUCAAGAAGCGCAAAGGGCGGCCCCCGGUCUCGUCAUCCGGCAUGGAGGACGAAAAGGAUUCACCCGCAUCGAACGGUGGGCCCGCAAGUUCGAGCGUUGGCUCGAGCGUAGGAGGAGGCCCGACGACACCGACGAAAAAUUGGCAACCCCGUUCCGUAAUCGACUGUAAAAUGUCCAGUAUUUACAACCGCACCGCGCCCGAGGCACCAGCAGAACUGUUCAGGAAAGACCUUAUCAGUGCCAUGAAGCUGCCCGACUCGGAACCGCUAGCGGCGGACGAGUACUGGGUUAUAGCCGACCAAUGGAAGCAGGAAUGGGAACGAGGUGUGCAGGUGCCCGUGAAUCCCGAUUCGCUGCCCGAACCGUCCGUUGCGACGCUGCAAGAAAGUUAUUUCAAGAAGCGGCAUGAUUUCAAGCUACCGAAAAACAAAUACAUUCGGAUAACGAAGGAUGAAAACUUUACCCAUGACCAGCACUAUCUCUCCAAUACGCCCGCAAUCGCGGAGAACGUGUGCUACUACGAUCUGGACCAGUUCGAUGCGGCCUGGCUGAAGGUGCUGAAUGGGGAACGUAACCUGGCCGGUUUGGUGCCGGUUACCGACGAGCAGUUCGAGCGCGUUGUAGAAGAGCUAGAGGGACGCUGUUUGGAUAAGAUCCAGGCAAUCAUGAAAACAGAGGAAGGGCUCGGAAUUGAGUACGACGAGAACGUCAUUUGCGAUGUAUGCCGCUCGCCAGACUCAGAGGAAGCGAAUGAAAUGGUGUUCUGUGAUAACUGCAAUAUUUGCGUACACCAAGCGUGUUAUGGAAUAACGAAUAUACCAUCUGGUCAAUGGUUAUGUAGGACAUGCUCGAUGGGUCAGAAGCCGAAAUGCGUACUGUGUCCAAACAUGGGCGGUGCGAUGAAGUCGACACGUUCGGGACAAAAGUGGGCACACGUAUCGUGCGCCCUCUGGAUACCGGAAGUGAGCAUCGGUUCGGUUGAUCGUAUGGAACCGAUCACAAAGAUCUCCAACAUCCCCUCCAGUCGCUGGGCGCUCGUGUGCGCCCUGUGUCGGGAGCGCGUUGGCGCCUGCAUUCAGUGUUCGGUUAAGACGUGUAAAACAGCGUACCACGUGACAUGUGCGUUUCAGCACGGGCUUGAAAUGCGCGCCAUAAUCGAAGAUGAGAAUGCGGAGGAUGGCGUGAAGUUGCGAUCGUAUUGUCAGAAGCAUGGAGAGAACAAGGGCAAACGUGAUAAUAGCAGAAACAACACGAAGAACAAUGCCGGUGGUGCCGGUGCAACGGCAUCGGGCGCGAGCGAUGAUGAGGCGGGCAAUACAGCGCCGGGAACAAACACCACAACCAGCACCACGGCGGGGGGCGAUAUGAAGCGGCGGAAGCGGAAAGAUAUGACGUCGGAGGAAAGGAAUCUGGCGCGUGCGGCUAGACAGCAGGAGAUUGAAGCCGAGUUCGAUAAGCAUGUGAGCGUGAAGGACAUCAGCUGCCACCUGCUGGAUGUGGACCAGGAAGGUAUCUACCAUAUCUACAACUAUUGGAUACUGAAGCGGAAGGCGGGCCACAACCGACCGUUGCUGCCGCCCAAAACGGAUGAGGUCGAUCCGAACGCACAAAAUCAGGAGCAGGCGGAGAUCGAGAAGAUGAAAACAUUCGUUCACUUGCGGCAAGAUUUGGAGCGAGUGCGUAAUCUCUGUUACAUGGUGAGCAGGCGGGAGAAGCUGAGCCGUUCGUUCUUUCGGAUGCGCGAACAAACGUUCAACAAGCAGGUGGCCGCCCUUACCGCGUUCCGGAACGGUGGUGCUGGUGACGUUACGAACCAUCAGCGAAAUAGCGGGGGUUCCGCCAUGUCCCAGAUUGACCCAGCGAUGCUCGAUGCGAUUCUGCAUGCGAACCAUGGCCCUACGAUAUAUGAUAGACUUUACUCGUGUAAUUCCGUUAGUAGUACAAUGCCGAGUCUGGACGAAAUGGUGGAGUGCAUCAUUUCUGGUGUAAAUAGUAGCAAUAGCGGUAUUAGCAGCGGCAGCAAGGAUGCUGCCAGUGCCAGUGGGAAGAAACCGACAGUGGCGUCGUCGGUUGCCGGUGCUAGUGCAACCGUUGGUCAUAACGGCAGUGCGGGUAGCGGUAGCAGUAGCAGUAGUAGUAGUGGCAGCUAUAGCAGUGGUAGCAGCAGUGGUAGCAGCAGCGGUAGCAGCAGCAGUAGCAGCAGCAGUAGUAGCAGCAGCAGCAGUAGUGUUGCAGCGGCAACCAACAAGCAAACAUCAAAGGUGGUCAGCAAGAAGGAACAGUUGAGCCAUGACAUGCCCGGCAAAAAGCUGUCCGGCGAUGUGAACGGUGUGCGACAACAGCAGCCAGCAGGAGCCGGUAGCAACCAGCGAACCAAAAACCAGCUGACGGCCAAGCGACAACAACAGCCCCCGUACAUCAAUGGAACAGCUGGGCGUCGAAGUACGAGCAACAGCUCGGCUUCUGACAUGGAGCACGACGAUGACGACACGUUGGGAGUGGACAAAACGAACAUCAAGAAGAAACCCCGUCAAACGAAAGUCGUGGAACGCAAGCGACGGAAAGCAGCGAGCUCGGUCAUUGGAACCGCCGGUACGAUUACGUCUUCGGCUGAAAAAUCGAGCAUCAGAAGUAUCGAUGACAGUUCAAGCGACGAGGAGAUGCCAGAAUCACGAUUACGACCGUCUGGUUCUAGUGAACGAACCGCCUCAUCGAAAGCUGCAAGAAGUGGUAGUGCUGUGGAAAAAAUGUCCGCUGCCACUCUCGGGAGUGGUCGCACAACAGCGGCGGGUCAACCGAAGAAGGACUUCCGCAAUCAAUCGCUGCGGCAAAUGGAGCGCGAGCUGGCCGACGAUCGGCGUGCGAGGCAUUCGACCGACGAUGACGAUUCGAAUGACAGCGAUGAGCUAAUGCACAUACGACCCGGAAGCGGUGGCACCGUCGGUCGUGCUGGUACUACGACAGGUACGAGCAAUGCGAUCGGUGGCAACGGGACAAGCGCUCGGGGGAAGAAAAUUCCCGACAUCUAUUCCGAUAGCGAUAGCACGGACAGGGAUAAGACGGAUCACACUGCUAGUGACUCGCAGCAGCAUCCAUUCCGCACGAAGGCGGCUAUGAAGGAAUUUAAUCUGCAGCAGGAAGCGGACCGAUUGAAACAGAAAUCUCCUACGAAAGCGGGCCGAUCGAGCGCUGCUACAACGGCUAGUUCCACCGCAACAUUGCCAGGUGUUACACCGAUAACAUUGCCUGUGGCUACACCAACUUCUGCACUUCCCGGGGCAAAGGUGUCGUCAACGAAGUUGGCAGCAUCCGCACAAAACGCUGGAUCCAUUCAACCCGACGUGCAUCAAACUUCCAGUUCCAAACGAACGGGUAUGAGCGCAGCAGAACAAUCACUGUUGGCCCCAUCCAGCAAGGUUGUGGGGACGAAUCGAACGGGCAGCAGUAGUACCAAAGAGGGCCAUACCGCUAGCACGAAGAAGAAGCAAGCUCAACAACUAGCGGAUAAACAUACGGAUGUUAGUAAUGUCAAUGCUACCAGUGCGACGAGCAAUUCUAGCAGAUCGGUUACGUCAGCUAACAGCAGUACGGUCAGUACGGUGACAUCCUCGAAAAAGAUGGAAUUUUUGGCCGACUUCAUGGUUGUACCGCAGCGCGAAGCAGCUAAGAAGGCGGCAGAGAACAUGAUGAAAACUAGCAGCGGAACUGUAGGUGGUGCUGCGGUCGUCAAUUCUGGGUCUGUUGGCCUGUCUACGUCGACUUCCAUCGUAGGUGUUGGUAGCUCAAACACCCCGACAUCUGCUAGUGGGGCUCUCAUAAGCGCCGGAGUUGCUGCGAGCCGAAAACAGCAACCACAGCUGGAUCGUGAAGCUGGUAACAGUAGCAGUAGUAGUAGUAGUACCAGCAACAGCAGUAGUGAAGGCAAUAGCAUUGGCAGUGUAUUGGCAGGCAGCACAAGCAGUGGCAUCAGUACGGGCAGCAGUACCAAGCUGGAUAUUGAAGCUGACCUUGCGCCACCGGAUCUCGGCACGAACAGCAGUAACGGAAACAAUCAGCAAAAAUCUUCCAUCGCAAGCAAUACUAGUAGUAGCGUUGUUGUCGGUAGCAAUCGCAAUCGAAAGGAGACGGAACCGAAAAUUCCCGCUGCAAGUGCUAGUGGGAAAACGACAAAGCGUUCCGCCGGUUCAAAUGUUACAAACAGCAAGGGCGGCAAGCAGAAAGAUUCGGUCGAGACUGUGUCAUCGAAAGUGGAUGCAAAAUUGUCGUCCACUGCAGCGCGUAACAAAUCCAAAGAACGGCCUACGGUGGCCGAUAAGCCGCCUAGCGGAACUACGGGCUCGGCAGUUCGGACUACGACGUCAAACAAAGAACAGCAACGGGCGAAAGAUCGCCUUAACGAUGAUGCGUCUCCUGUAACUGUAUCGGCGGACAAAACGGUAGUGGAGAAGACAAAGCUGUCGAAAGAACAGAAGCAGAAGCGAGAAACGCAACCCGAGAUCUUUGCAUAUGUACCACAGCGCCAAGCUGCUAAGAAGGCUGCAGAACACAUCAAAAGCGGUCUCGGAAAGCCGUCUGGGGCAGACCAAACAGCUGUUGUUCCGGAUGAGAAGGCAUCCAUGGUUGCGAGUGCUCCAGUGCCGCCAUCUAAAGCAAGUGCUGGUGCGAAAGUGGCGAAUAAAGGAAAAGAAGAUCGUAAAUCGCAUGCUACCGCUGGCUCCAGCUCAUCCAACAGUUCCAGCUCAUCCGGUGGCAGUAGUUCAUCCUCCAGCUCUAGCUCGAGUAGUUCUGGGUCGGAAAGCGAAGAAGAAGAUGAGGUUCAGGCAGCGAAUGCGGCGGGCAAGAAAUCGGCGUCCACUAGCGGAGGCAAUCGUACCAAGGCUGCUAAUAAUUCCGCCACGCCCCCAGCCAAAGCAAAGCAACAGCAAGCACAACGCACGGCCAGGCAGGAUGUGUUGCCCUUUCUUGACAAGGGUCCAGCACGAUCCGUGUCCGAGUCGUCGAGUUCGUCUUCCUCGUCAUCCUCAUCGGGUUCCUCCUCGGACAGCGAUAGCGAAUCGAGCAGCAGUAACCAGAGCAGUCACGAUGAAGCGAACGAUACUCAGGUCGUUCCAACGCCAGAAGCGAGUGCCAUGGCGGCACCGGGUCGUAAUCGAAGAAAGUCUGUAUCAACCGCUACGGUUAAGCAGCAGGACUCCGUCAGUCCCAAGAAGCCACCGGUUCCGCAAGGCGCUAGCAACAGCCGAAAGGGCACGGCAGUUGGUGGAAGAAAACCAUCGAUUACCGCAACCGACGAUGUCGAUGUUGAAGACACGCAGGAUUCACAUUCCACUUCCACCUCGAAAUCAACAUCAGCAAAUAACGCAAAAGGCAAAGACACUGCGGCAAGAGGUGGUAAAGAUAAGCAGCAGUUACCCGUCAAAAGCAAUGAUGAUGAGUCUUCCGUUCCUGCUAGUAAUGUUUCUGGUGGUGGUGGUGCUGCGACUGAGAAGUCGAUCAGUAACCGUCGUAAUUCCUACCAACCGCCAACGGUUGUGGCCAACGAAACUCCCCUUAAACGUGGUGGUCGUCGGCAAUCGGUAUUUGUUGGUGCUACUGACAUAGAGGAGAAACAGAGGAAAUCGUCCCUUGUGCCACCUGAUGUUCCAAGCAAUCGUACCACUGGUCGUCGAAAGGCUAGCGAAGCGAUAGAGAUCGACAAAGACAAGGAAUCGCGUAACGAUGCGAAGAAACCAGCCGCCACUGAAGCCGGUGAUGGAGCUAAGGAAAAUGAUACACCUUUAGAGGUUGCAGUAACACCGAAGCGUCCCAUUGUCGAUGAACAGCAGUCACCGGUGACACGCAAGCGUCGUAGUCCAAAGACGACGGCUGAAACAGAUGUUCCCACCAGUCCUGCCAGUAGUGGUUUAGAGGCAAAGGAAGUGAUCGAAACAGAGAUCAAAUCAGCACAAACGGCGGUUGAUGGCAAAGGUCUUGCAGCUUCUGGGAGUGAUGCAAUAUCGCUGCUUACCGAUGAAGAUUCUACCGACCACCGGAAGGCAAAGGAAAAGCAACACACAGCAACCACAAAGGAUGCCAGUCAAACUGCUUCGUCUUCUGUGGGUAGUGCGGUGUCGAAAGAAGAAGACGGUAAGGUUGGUCAGGCGAAGAACGUGGAAAUUAUUUCACUGGUAGAAGAUUCGCGUUCCAAUGACGAUGUGGUCGUUAUCGAGGACGGUAGUAACGAAGCGAAGGUGCAACAAAAACCACCAGAAAUAACUGCUGCUAAGGAACACAAACCCGAACCCGAAGCAAAGACCGUCGGUACACAGAAUCUGCUUGAUGCGAAACCAUUCAUCGAUAGUGUUGGCUUAUUGCAAGAUUCUUUGUCAACGGGUGAUGUGAAGCAAGAUGACCUGAGUAAGAAAAUCGCUUCGAUCGAUCAGCCAACAUCACUUCCAUCUGCUAUUGUACCUUCGUUUGAUGGAACUGCUUCGCUGCAGAUAAACAGUAGCAUUAGUACACCAUUCGUCGGAGAGACACCGUCUAAUGUGUGCGACGCAAGUGGAUUUGGAGCUUCGAAUCAAGCGAGUGGCAAUAAUAACGCUUCUAAGGAUGAUGUCUCUAGCACCGGUACAGCUGGACUAAUAGGCACUAGCGAUGGUGGUACGCCUUCGAUAUUCGAUCUGCUGUUGCCGCAGGAUAGCUCUGUGACGGACGACACGUUCGAGUUGAAUCAAUCGCUUAAUUUCCCGUUCAUGGAGGAUUGCAAGGAAGAUACGCAGCGUGAGACGCUCAAUCUGGUUGAAAAGCUGCGACAAAAGUACAAAAAGUCACACGGUACGGCACACACUAACGCAUCAAACGUUGCCCCUCUCAUGUCCGGCAGUGAACCGAUGAAGAACAUGAAUGACGUCGGAGCUCUGGCUGGUGAAAAGAAAGAAAACGAUAUGCUAAUGCUGGACGGUGUGGUUACGGCACAGGUAACACCAUCAACAACGCAAUCACCAUUGCUGGUGGCGGACUUUGUUACGGAGCGUACGAAACAGGACGGAACGGGUCUUCCGUUGGGAUCGGCUCUCGCUGAUAGCCUUCUUAGCGGCAAGGACAAGAUGCAACCCGAGCUAGAGUAUGGUGCAUUUAGCAAAUUCCACAGCGCAUCGGCCACUGGUGCGGUACGAAGUCCGCUGGAUCAAUUACCGGCACCAAUGCCUGGUAGCAUGCAACCAGCCGUUCAACAACCAACGCAACAACAACCGCAAACCAAUCAACUGCAAGCUAUCGGCCAGCAAUCACAAUCCCAGAUCGGCAAGAGCGCGAAGGAGGAUCAUUUAGAUCAUCUUGCCUCGAGACCAUCGGAUGAGCGUUGGGUGCCUCCAUCAUCGGUAGCGCCAACUGUUUCGACGGCUCCGUCCAUGCUGCAUCAUACACCGCUUCCCACAUCGGUUGGAUCGAUGGCAGCUGCAGCUACAUCGAGCGUGCUCGGUGGCAAUACCGUAUCAACGGCACAGCUCGCCCAAAAUUGCAUGGAAGCGGCCCGCCUAUUGAACAGCCACCAGACGAACAACAACAACAACGUCAGUGCACUGGACAGCGAGAAGACGCACGGAACGGCGGGACCGGCAACCGGUGGCGGAUUGUUCGAUGGCGGUGCUAUGACGAAUCAUCUACAUCCAACGAUGCAGCAGCAGCUUGGAGGCAGUAACGAUUUAAACCACCACCAUCAUCAUCAGCAGCAGCAACAACAACAGCAGCAGCAGCAGCACCAUCAUAUGCACAAUCCACUAACCGGGUUGGACUUUAUGCAGAGCAUGAAGGUUCCUAACCAGAAUGAAGCUACCUCAUUGAUGCUGUUUGAUAAUAUGCAGCAGCAGCGACAACAUCCCUCUCCGCAGCAACCAGUUGGCCGACGUGCCUGGAACCAACCCAAUGACGGACUGAGUACGAUUGAUCAGCAACAGAAGAAGCAACAUGAGUGUGCCGUGAUGCAAGAGAAGGAAAAUUUGUUAUUGCAGAAGCAGCAGCAGCAGCAACAGCAGCUGGCCAAUAACAGCCAUCGUAAGCUGAACGAUCUGAACAGCUUCAUGGAUAUACAGAACACUCCAUCGAUGGUGAAUCAGCAGCAACCGAGCGGUGGUCAAUCGAUUAACAACAGCAAUACUGGAACAACGAACAGUGUUAACGCCAUGCAGCAACAGCAGCAACAAUCGUAUGGAUUUUCUUCCACCGAUGCCCAUCCCGCGCAUCAUCAGCAGCAGCAACAACAGCAGCACUAUCCGGGUGCAGUAUCCUUAUUCCCACCAGCGAGUGUACCGGUACCGUUUCCUUCUCCUGGAGCCGGUCUAUAUCCGCCAAACUUUGGCAAUGCAGGCUAUCAACAACCGACUCCACCGCAGACCACCGUUCCCAAUGCUGGCAAGCCGCAUCAACAUCAACACCAUGCACCAGGCGCAGGCCUUGGUACUGGUGUUCCCCCAAUGACACACCAUGGUAUGGGCUUGGGUGAUGCAAUGGUUUCACCACACCGCAGUCAGGCCACGGGAGCGCAACAGCAACAGCAGCAGCAACAACAAAAGCAGAUGGACCAAAUGUCUUCACCUUUGUCGGGAAUGGCAGCUUCGCCCAAUAAACAACAACAGCAGAGUCGGCAACCAACUCCAACCGAGCAGCAGAAUAGCUAUCUGCUCAAUAGUGGAGGUAAUGGUGGUACGAGUAGUGGUGGCAGCACGCCAAGAACUCCGCAACAUCGACGCACCCCACAACGACAUAAUCAUCAAAUGCCAGGGCACCAGCCCGAUGUCGUCGGGAUGGACCUGUUGGUUGGUGUGGGACAUUCCGCAUCCAAGAAGAGUCCUACGAAAUCGUCACGUUCGUCCUCACGCAUCCAAAACCAGCAGCAGCAACAACAACCACCGCCCCAUCUUCAGCAGCAUCAUCCGGCACAGCAUCACCAUCACCAUCCGUUGCUAAUGAAUGAUAGCAACGGUGCGAGCGCGCUUGCCGGAAUGGUUCAUCCGUUGGGCCAUCAGCUGAAAUCUCCACCAUCACUAAUGGCAGGCACGAAGUCACUAAGUCCUGGCAAAAGUCCGAAGACGGCAGCGGCAGCCGUGUCAGCCGCGGUGUACGAGAUGCAGAAAGCCAUCGGCGGCGGUAGUUUGGUUCCUCCGCUUUCGUCCAGCGCGAGUGGAAAGGGUCCGAAGGGCAGUGAAACCACAGCGGGUAAAUCUGGCCGUGGUCGUGGUCGAGGUCGCGGCAGACCACCAGGAUCGGGACGACUAGCGCAAGCUGCUAGGGAAGCGGCUGCCGCAGCUGCUCUUGCAAGUGGCAUAGCUACAAGCGGUUCGGGCGGUAUUGGAGGACGCGGUGGUGCCAACAGUAGACAGCAGCAGUCGCACGGUACGAGCUAUCAUCUCGGUCAGCUUGGACCUGGGUCCGAAUUCGGAUGCUUUGGAAGUGGUACGAUACAUAGCAAGAUCAUUGGUACGGUGUACGAUCUCGACUUUGAUGAGGAGAUCGUCUGUGGCAAGCUGCGCGAUAUGCGAGACCGUCGGCGUUCGAUCGACGGCCGAUCGGCGGAUACUGCUGGUUCGAAUGUUGGCUCGGGCGUGACCGGCCAAGGCGGAGCUGGCGGACAAUCGGGUGGUCCAGAUGCAAAAUCGAGUCGUGGCGCUAGUGGUAGCGGAUCCGCAGCCGGUACUGGAUCUGGAGCAGGAGACGGCACAAACAGUGGGUACGGAUCGACGGCAACCAGCGUUGCUGCAAGUUCGUUGCCCGAUAUGGCCGUCCUGCCUGGUCCGGUUGAUAUGCGCACGUACAACAGCGGAUUUGAUUCAUCAAGCAAUACAGAUGCGUACAAUAAUCAGCUGCUGGGAGUGUUUGCCAGCGGAACGGCUGAUCAAACGUUGGCUGACAUCGAUGAGGAUAUGGAGAAUGAGCUACAGUCCGCUCUAAAGGCUGACUCGGUUAGCAACCGGUCGGCAGCCGCAGCAGCUGCAUCGCUUGCACAAACGACCGUUCAAACGAACACAAGCACCGGUUCAUCGUCGCUACUGGCCGCUGUUACGGCUACCGCAAACAGCAACAGCAAUAGCAGUAGUAGCAUCACUUCCGAAUCGACCGCAGCUAGUCACGCACAAAAGACCGGAUCAAUGUCAACAGGCGUACCGUUUGUACCUUCGAUUACGCCACCUUGUACAGCGACUGCCCUACAGACAACUAUGCUGAAUGAAGAUCCGAUGCUUGAGCAGCCACAUGAGGAGACGAACGAUUCAGACAGUUUGUUGCCAAUUGUGUCUAAUCAGCAGCAACAGCACAAGAUGUCCUCUCUGGCAGAUUCGCGCAACAUCAUGAAGCUGAAGAUCAAGGGUCCGUUGGCACAGCUGGAUAGCAGUGGUGCUUACAUUGGAGGAGCGGGAGUUGCGGGAUCAUCCGCUGCAUCUGCAGUUGUGUCACAUCUACAACAAUCCAUGGGCGGUAUGGCUUCUUCGAUGGGCGUUCAAAUGGGUGGUAGCGGUAGCGUUGGAAUUGGUGCCGUUGGCGUUGGUGGUGUGGGAGGAGUAGGCGCGAACGUUGCUGGUGGUGCGGCUGGAUCGUCCAACUUACGGCGUAUGCGUAAGAAGGAGCUGUUGCGCCAGUACUGGAAUCAGGACAUGAAUCAGGAUGAUCCGCAGGCAGUGCUGCAAUCGGCGGACCAUCAUCAUUUGCACCAUCAUCACCAUCACCAUGCGCAAGGCAUGGCACUUAGUGGUGCUGGACGCACUACCGUUGGUUUCCCCAAGGCUGUAGAAUCGCUGGGCACGAUGCCGACGAAGGACGACUAUAAAGAGUACGGUGGAAUCCAUCGGAAGAAACUUUCGUCGAACAUGUCGCGAGAGUUGCGUCAGCUGGCAUCGGUACCACAGGCCGCAGACCAUCAUGAGCUAAUGUUGGCCGAACGAAGGCGCAGCGUGGGAGGUUCCGUGGGCGCUGUUGUGGGAGGAGCACCGAGCGGUGCUGGAGCCAACGGAUCGGCUAUGAAUUUGUCGAUGGACGAUGUCAGUGGCGUCGGUAUGGUUGGUGGCAUGGGUGUAGUUGGUGCUGGCGGUGUCAGUGGUGGUGUUGGCGGAAAACGGCGGUCGCGAAAUAAUCGAUCGAAUGUAAAUGCUACGGCUACGGUAACGGCUGUCAGUCAGCAAACACCACAGCAAGCUCCGAAGCUCAAGAUCAAACUGGGCACGGGUAUCGUGGAUGGUGGCCCGUACGGUAUGGCAUCGAUGAAUGCAGGUCCAAGCACUAGCAGUAGUCUUCGGCCACCGAAGAAACGGUUAGCAUGCAGUGUGCCACCACCGAGUCUGGAGGAUCUGAAGCGUGAGUACAUGAUGUACGCGGAAAACAUUAGCUUCGAGGACGACGGGCCGGGUGGGGCUGCAGAUGAGGAUACGCUGGGAGCCGGAGCGGACAGUGGCGAGGAAGAACCGAAGGCGAAGAAACACAAGCACAAGGAUAAGGAUCGGGACCGUGAUCGCAGCGGCAGUGAGCACAAGAAGCGCAAAAAGGAGAAAAAGCAUAAGCGCGACAAGGGCGAAAAGAAAAAGGUUGAGAUCAUCUGUAAUGCGGCAGUGACGGUGGGUGGUGACGAACAGACGCAACAACAGCCGCCAAGGAUCGUGAUACGUCUGGGUGUCAAGAAGCCAGUGCAGUCGGAAGAAUCGCACGUACCGUCGCCUCAGUCGCUGAUGGGCAAUACCGGUGCCAGUGGUGGCCCGCUUGCAUCUCCUCAGAAAACGCCAGUUAAUGAGGAACGAGCGGCAACCCGAAGCAGUGGCUGCAGCUCAUCUCCAGAGACGGAUCCGCUCGUGAUCGAUCUAGCGGCGAUACACAACACCAACAGCCAGGGACAAUCGUUGCAACCUUCGCCCGAGAUGGAUCAUCGAACGGCCGCGGCACAAGCAGCGCCUGCGGAGAAACCGCUCAUAACGCCAAUUCGUCUGAAGUUAGCUCGCAGUUCUGCCGGCGGUGGGUACGUGAUGUCGUCGAAGCAUAGUGCCGCCCAAGGUGGUACGGAUUUGGGUGAAAAAGCACCCAACCCUGCAGCCGGGCAUACGUUAACCAGCACGCCUCCAUCUGCCAUGGACACUAGCGCAGAUAAGCCGCCCACUAUGCAGCAGCAAAGUGGGGACUGGCGUGCUUCUGGCAAUGCAGCAGGAUCGAUGGACCUUUCAACCUCCUCAGCGGAAGUAGCGGCAGCAACAUCGAGCAAGAAUAUGAUCGAACGGUUGCUUACAGCCGCCAACCUGGCAGCCAGUUCUCCGAACGCGUUCGAAAGGGCUAUGGGCGCUGCAGCAGCGGCGGCAGCUUCGUCAAACGGAGGUAUGACUUCGCAGCCGCAGAGCAACCAGAGUGGUGGCGUCUUUGCAUCUAUGUACGGUAUGUCUUCGAUGGGGAGCACUGCGAGUAAUAUGACCAGCAGCAACACCUCGAUGUCGUUCAAAAACCUGCUCGACUUUGCAGCGAGUAAUAACACUACCUUCAGUACAUCGUCGGCAGCAACUCUCUUCAGUUCCACGUCUUCACAUCACCACCACCAGCAGCAGCAGCAACAACAACAGGUAUCGUUGUCCUUGAAUCAAUCUUCAAUGCUACCAUUAGGCAUGGUACCACCAUCCCAGCAGCAGCAGCAAUUGCAACAGCAGCAGCAACAGCUGCAAUCACAACACCAACACAACCAUCAGCAACAGUUAGGGCUACCAUCGUCAAUACCAACGUCCAAUAGCACUAGCAGCACUAGUAAUAGUAACAAUAAUAACAGUGUCAGCAACGUGCAGCAAACAAACGCAGCAACCAACAACGCUACGAAAAAGGACUGUGAGGUGCGAUGACAGUACAUGCUUUAGAAGGUAGCUUAAUCGUAGUUGUGACCUGGCUGUUCUAUACACACUCAGACAGUGCACUGGUUUCUACUACGCGCCUGGUUGCCUUUCAUUUUGUUGUUUGCGGAACGGUAUAUUGUAGUAGCGUUCCGGUCGGUCGGUCGAGAGGUGUGAUAAAGUUCUGUUGUUAAUCUUCAAUGAUUUCUUUGUUUACGUGCAAUCGCAAACCCCAUAUUUUUUAAAAGCAGUACAUGUUUUUUUUCUUUCCUAAAUUAAUUUCCCUUUUUAAAGUCAAAUCACGCAAUAACCAUGAUUAUUUUUAAAAAUGUUGUAUAGUAUUUUUUUUUUCAUUAAUAAUUGUACACCGUGAUCAGCUAAAUGAGUAUUAUCUUUUACACCUCAUCCUUGUGAUCAUUCAAAUUUUAUUACGAUCAUGUUCCUUAUGAGCAUACGAUCAUGCAAAAGUCAUUAUAGAUUAAGGGGGUUUAGUUUAAUAAAUGUUUUCUUUUCCUUACUAGCUUCAGCUACAGAGACUGCAAUGAUAGGAAUGAUUUUGAAACGGAGAUUUUUACUCUUUUUUUGUUAUCGAUACGCUCACGCUUCCAGUUGUGUUUCGGCGUUACGUUGUUAUGUGUGUAUAGUGCAAGCGUUCGUUGAGUUGUUUGCUGUCGUUUGCUGUACAUAAAAUGUCCUUAACGAAGUGCAAAAUGGUGUGGACGCAAAAUCUCGAUGAUGGUGUACGGUAACAGAAACUGGACAAAGGAAAGGGAAACGAUACAAGAUAUUUAAUAAUUACGAAAACUCAAUUGUACAGUAUAAAAUUGUAAACACAUUUGUAGCGCAUACUAGUUUAAAUUAAUUUAAUCGCUUUAACUUAUCCGUUUGUGGGAGGAAAAAAAACGCAGAAAUAGCGAACGAGACAUGAAUGGAAUAUGCUAGUAACAGUAGCCAGUCAGGGAAGAGAUAGUGAAUGUGUUGUAUGUUCGCGUGUGUGUGUUUGUGUAUGUAUGGUGUAGUAGCAUGCAAAUGAAGGGUGGGAGGUCGGGUGGAUGGCUGUGUGUCGCGUUACUAUUUCUUUUACACAAAAACCCGCUUAAAUGGUUUGGAGGAUGUAAAUGUGCAAAGGCCGAAAAAAAGAUCCCUCAUCCCAAAAUGUACCGAACAAAGUAUAAACCAUUCAGAGUAACUAAUUACGAGCAUCAUUUUGUCCAAGGCACGCGUUUGUUUUGUUCUCUGGGAUGACAUACCUAAACCCUCCUACACUUGUUAACCUGUUCGAAGUGCAUUGAAAUUUAUUUUGGCUCAAUGUUACGCUCACAUUUCCUUACAACACCGCGCGAUACAAUCGUAAUUCACGGACGAACCGCUAGGAUCGCAUUGUGAAAAAAGAAACACAAAACAGAUAGUUGUGUGCGCCUGUUGGUUGGAGGACUAAACUGUUGCCAUCGAAAUAGUCAUAAACCCACCAGCAAAUGCACAAAGCAAAUCUUCAAACCACCUCACCAGGUCUCGUAGAGAUACAUGAAGGAAUGUAAACAAAUGUGUGGUAUCGUUUAGUGCGAGAAACAUUCAAAUGGUAUUAAAAAGGGCUGUAGAACGUAUAAAGAAAGACAACAGCAAUGAGCAAAAACAAAAGGAUGUGCGCGCAUGUGUGCAUUAUGUGCGGAUUGUCCUUAAAUCAAUUUGUCAUCCAGAAGGGAGAUAAUAUUCGUAUUUGAUUGUACAUAUUUUAUUGACAAGAAAUAAAAUCGAAACAUAAACCGAUGUUAAACAACACCAUUUGCAAAAACAAAAAUAUUAAACCAUACAGCAACAACGCGCAAAAGAUCUCGACAUGGCCAAUCAAAAUUGUCCUGUUUCUGUACUGCUUUGCAUGAAAUCAAGACAUCUGGUACAUUUUAAACCCCUUUUAACGGUUUGUUGAUGCAAAUUGUCCCCUCUGAACGGUAUGUAUGCCGGAACAAAGACACUAAAAUCAUUUAUAAAUCUUGAGUAUUAUUUUUCGUUUCUUUUUGAUGAGAAUUUAACCGUGCAAUGUUUAUCGUGAACCAAAAUUUUGCUUUCAAUUCGAUUUCUUAAGCAUUUGACACAACAGCCACCCGCCAAAAACAGCUUGUUAUGUUGAGCAGAUUAAUUUUUGACUUAGUUUGAUUAUUUGUGGGAUUAAAUAUACAUCACAUCAUGCUGUACGUUUCGUAGAGGAUCUUUUUAGUCCCGAUAAGCCUUGCUCAGCAAGGGCAAAUAGACACAGGUACAACAUUGGAUAAAGUUAAUUAAGAAAAAACAAACAUUAUUGCAACCUUUUACCAGCCAAAAUCAUACCAAGCACGAACGUAAUGGGAUUAAUUGUAAAAAAAUACACACACACACUUAUUGUACAGAUUGCUAAAAAAAAACAACCACACAAUAUAACGCAACAUGGUAACCACAUUCUAUCGAGCAAAGCAAGAACUUUAACAGACAAAAAAGGAAACGCAACCAAGCUCUUGUGUUACAGAACAUGUAAAUGGUACGUUUGCAAGUCCACAAAGCAACUACAAAACUAAGCGUAAGGACACAGUCGGUCGAAACAGUAGCUAGUUUUUAUAUUUGCAAAAGAGCAUAACAACUAUGCAAAACAUACACCACACAAUUGAACAGUAUAAAUUAGAUUGAAAAUGAGUUAUGCAAGGCAUCACCGAACACACGGUGUAGUACGGCACAAUUUACAUUGUUUUUUUUUUGUUUUGUUUUAUUUUGUUUUCUGUUCUCUAUUUAGAACCGUUAGUUAUAUGUAGAAGAAAGGCAAUCAGGGAUGAAACAUAUGCUCUGCAUCUGCAAGAAGACAUAAACAAAUUUAAAGUGGAAAAUGAAUGAAAGAGAGGGACUGUUGUGUGUACGCAAGGAUGUGUGAGGAAUGUUUUCCACUGCGGGCACCACCUUUUGCGGGGUGUGUUGUGUGACCGUCGUCGUGAUACACGGCGUUGUCCGUGCGCGUAAAACCGAGCGAUGCCUCAGAUUGGUUUUUAUUGUGUCAAAAAAAAAAACAAAAUAAACGUUAUUUAAUUUAUUUAUAUAAAGCAAAUCGUAGGAUUAGAACAAAAGUAAAAGGUGUAGCGUAUAUACAUAGAUAUAUCUAUAUAUUCCUAGACAUACCUACAUAUAUUCGGGGCAAUCUCUCUUGAUCAGAGUUCAGGAAGGUGGUGUUUGACGAACAACAACAACAACAACAACAAAAAGAAAGAUAAAAAAAACACAUAAACUGCAAAAAGCUUAUCCUGCAAUUGUAAGUAUAAGCGGAAAGCGGGAGACAAAUGUGUGGACGAAAAAAAAAACAAAUGAUAUAACAACAUUAAAACCUUCAUUACGGCCAAAGUUGCUGCCCGGCUGGUUGAACGAUUUGUAUUUGAAAUUGUAAAAAGUGUCUAGUAUAACCUAAUUCAAGCAGUCGCUUCAGUUUUCUAAAAAAAAGCAAAAGAAU